AUGCCGUUCACCUGCGGCGGGAUCAGGCAGGGAAGAGUCAUUGGUCUCCAUUCGGCCGUCAAGCUCAACACAACACGACAACCAAGAAUGACGAUUUGGACAACAGGUUGGAGCAAGACGGAAAGAAAACGCCUCCUCCAGCCGAUGGAGAAGCUACAGUGCCCCCAGCGAACAAACUCUGCCGAAUGGAUGUACGAAGUUCUGCUCUCUGCCUACGCUGGGACUCGUGAGGAUGAUGCGGACCCGAAAACUUGGACAACACCCGCGCUCCUGGCGUCCCAGAAUCCCUUCCAGGGGAGCAAGGUGGUCGAGGAGCUCUUUAAAGAAUGGAACGUCCUGAAAGAAGACAACAUCAAGGGCGUCACCCCGCCAAACCCCCUACCGCGCGACCUAGACAACAAGUCCAAAGUUCGGGAUCAACAAGGGGCGCCACCUACUAAAGACCGAGGCCAGGAUAUCAGUUACUUCAGCGAUGCUAUCAGUAGAAAUUUCCUUGUCCUGAUUGAAAAGACUAAGACUUGGGAGGUCCCCCCCCCCUUUUAA